GCCUAGCUUUUGGCAACAUAACUUUUAGUUGUCAAAAUAAAGUUAGAAAACGAUCAAGGUAAACUUCAGCUUGUUAAUCGAUAAUUGGUAUCUAUCUGGAUGAUACAGCAUUUGCAUGUUGGUAUUUUGCAUGUAUUUAUUGCGUCGCCAGACUUAAUAAGUAGUAUCGACGAACAGAAUAUCCAAGAUGACGGCGUCAUCAUCUCUCGACCCAAAACUCCGAAAUCGUAUUACGAGAUACCUGCAUACCGGGAAUGAGGUUCCAAAAUAUUAUCCUGGAUGUUGGAACUCCCACAAAUAUUUUGAAACACACAAACUAAAAGCUAUUGAUGAAGCUUUGGAAAGUGGAUCAAAUAAUGUUGAAGUUGUUGAUAUCAUUCUACAGGCUUACAAAGAUGGUUGGUGUACUAGGUUUGAGACAAUUGCAUUUGCUUUGACUAAAUGUCUUCUCAAUGGGUCUCCAAUAGUUAAAGAGGCAACAUAUAAAGCUGCCUCAGAAAUAUGUAACACGCCAGAAGAGAUGAUGUUAUUCAAUAAAUUCACCAGACUCUUACAAACUGGUAAUGGUCGUGGGUGGUGUAAGCAUGUCAAAGAAUGGUACAUUCGUAAAGAUCCAAUGGAACUAGCAAAGGAAAUGACAAGAGUGCGUGCAAGACAUGGACGUUCUCACAAAACACUCUUAAAGAAAUCUCAUGUUAAGAUUCCUGAAAAUGACCAUGCUCGAGAUGCAGUAAUCAAGUAUGCUAUUUUCGGUCUAAAACGAGCUAAGCAAAUGUUGGGUAAUGUUGAAGGAACAAAAGAGGUUUUUGAUUACAUUCAGUUAGUUGAGGACAUGCGCCACUGUGAAGAUCCUGUGGCAGCAGCAGAAAUGGCUACCCAGCACCAAUUCACUCUUGAUCAUGUUCCAGGACAUCUGCUCACUUCACAAGAUGUCUGGAAUGCAGUUUUGCCUCAAUUUUCCCUGGGAGAGUUACUCAGCAACAUUCAACGUAUUCACAACAUGGGUUUUCUAACAAGUGACUCUACCACCACAGGAAUCCUAAUCUCACUGCUAAAUAAUCUGGAUGUUAUUAAAAAAUCGAAAGUUACUCCGAUCGAAGUAUAUAUCACUUUAUGCAACUACAAAAAAAAGACCAGACCAUUGAAAUAUGAAAAAGCUAAAGUAGCAGUGGAAAAGCAAGCUCGACGUCGCACUCGUCAAAUCUUUGAUACUAAAACAGAACUCUGGGAGUGGACUGUUACUCGCCGUCAUCCUAAAGAAAUAAAGCAUUGGGGUAUUGAUCAACCACCCAAUCCUGCUGUUCUGCUUGCACUCAGCAAGCUGAUUGAUCAGACUUGGUUGCUCACGCCUCCAACUGAAGCCCGCUAUCUCAUCACUUUGGACAUGAGACACCAUAUGUUCAAAGGUCGUCAUUUCUGCAAAAACUAUGUGAUUCCAAAGAAGGGCAGGAAAACUUCAGCUAAGAGUACACCUGGAGCCGGCGGUGAUGCUGAUACUGAAAAACCUGAAAGCAAGAAACAUUUACUUGCUGAAUGUUUCUACAAUAAACAUGUGACUCCUGGACAUGCUGCUAUAAUAUUAGCACUUCAAUUGCUGAAGCGUGAAAAAAAUGUGAAACUGGCAGUCUUCACUGAAGAAGGAAUACAGUUGGUCUCCAUUGAGCGUAACUUUAGCAACAUUGAAGAAGCUGAGUUUGUUUUAAGGAAAGCAAACUUAGGCCGCGUUCAACUCGACGCACCCAUUGAAUGGGCGACCAAAAACAAUCAGAAGUUCGACGUUUUUAUUAAUAUGGUGGAUCGGACCACUCGCUACAUGGAACUAGACCUCUCUUCUCGCGGUGGGCGAGGACCGGGAGGGCGAUUUGGUCCGCCACCAUCUUCAACAAAGGAGAUACCAGACCAUUGUCCCGUUAGAGCUCUUGAACGUUAUCGGGCCAGUAGAGUGCGAGAUGCGAAGAUGAUCGUAGUGUCGUUAGCCUCGCACCGAAUAGCGACCACUGACGGCACGCACGAGGGCGUGCUCGACAUCGUCGGUGUCGACGAACACGUACCGAAACUUAUGGAUGCGUUCGUUCUCGGCCAGUUCAAGUAGAUCUUGAAUUGUUACAUUGUCAAUUUACAUUGGAAUUAACUUUUCGGCGACGGUUGUAUCUCAUGCAAUUUAAUCGACUUCCUUUUACCCCAGUAUUUGAAUUGUUUACACCACGAUGUGUUCCGAACCCAAUUUAAAUUUUUUUAAAAUGUUAUGGAAAAAUGUAGUAUGUAAAAAUGAAAUACCAAUUGGCUUUACUUUUAAUUACAGUCAAAGGUUUGUAAUUUUAUUUGCUGUAAUUUUCAAAUUUUGUUAAUCGUAUCAGGUUCGGUCACUGUAAAAAUACAAAGAACUUAUUCUUUGGAAUGCUUGGAGCUUAAUUAUUUUUUUUUGUUUAACUUCACAGUAGACAAAUCAGUUUGCUUUGAGGUUUAUUUAUAAAUAAGCUGCUACAUGCGAAUUUCUUAUACUACAAAACACUGUGGAUAUUUUAAAAAUCUUAAAGCCUGGACCAUUUAAGAUUGAUAAAAGUUUAGUGUGACUAGGAAUGAUAUUUUUGUAUCAGUUCAGGUAUUGAACAUUAUUAGAUCUCUGUCUGAACCCCUUUUAGUGGGGAAAGUCUUUGUUAAUUAUUAUGUUUAGUAAGUUGUUCACUUAGAUAUUUUACUUAAAAUGAAUCUGUGGUUUAAGACUUUCAACUCAAUAUUUAUCACAAUCAUUUCUGGUAGUGAUAUAGAAAAUGACUUACUUUUUCUUGUUUUUUUUUUCUUUAUAUUUAUCGUAUCGUAUAUUUAUAGGGAUGCUUAAUAAUCAAAGCUUUUAUGUAUCACAUUUAUUCGUAUUCAAUAAGAAUAAACACAUAUUUUGUAGUUAUAUAAUGUGAAUCUAUCCCUAGGGGGACAUAUUGGCAUUAUGGUUUUGUUCUUAAAAGAUUUUUCGAUAUUAACAUACCGUCAUACAGAUUAGUUAUUUUAAUUAUAGGCUUAUUUUUUUAUAAAGCUUGAUUGUAACAGGGUCUUUUUGGUCAUUCAAAAAAUUGGCACCUGAUGCUCACUGUACUCACGGAAAUGUGUUCAAUGAUACAAUGAUGAGUGAUUGCGGUGAGAUUAAACGAAAUUGCUUUUAUGUUUAACUUAUAAAAGAUUAUAUUUCAAAAAUAAAUAACCGCAAGAACGAACGCCAGUACUUUAUUAAUGUAGUUAUUGUGUUUAAAAUUUUAUUUAUUACUGUUUUUAACUGUUUUAAACGGUGGUUAGUGUGGUUGUGCGUUAAUCUUUCCUCUUUGCCAAAGUAAAAUAUGCAUUUGUAAUUUAAAUAAAAAGUACUGGCGACGACGUUUGUUUGUUAACAAUAUAGAUAAUAGCAUAUCUCUCGUAUUAUAGACUAAUCGAAAACUGAUACAUGCUCAUAAUAUUUUUUAUAAGUACAUACACGUUUUCGGAUCUUUUUCUAUUGUAGUGUAAUACGGUUAUAUGUGCGAGUUACUUUUAAUUCCCGACGCGAUGGGCAUGUAUCAAAUUUCUCAUUGUUCGUAGUAAUAAGUAAAUCCGUAUCGAUAUGUUGGUUACUUUUGUACUGAUAUGAGCGGACUUCAGAAUCUGUGAUCACUUGGUACUCUCUCGGGUUUAAGUAAUUUUUUUAUAACUGAUUGUUGAAAAACUUCGAAACCUAAAACUCGAAAUUGCUAGGUAUACGCUUUUUUAUUACGUAUGUUAUUUUUGUUGUGGAAUGUUAUAGAUAACCAAUUAAUUAGUAUUAUAUAAUUGACAAACACACUAUUUAUUUAUCAAGCUGUUAAAAACUAUGUUUCAAUGUUAUGAGUGACUUGAGUUUUAUUGGUUUAAAAAGACAUCGAACGCGUUUUUGUUUUCCGAUGAUAUGAUUCCCUAAUCAUUUUUAUUGCUUGUCACUUAAUUGAAACUUAUUUAUUUCAAAGCUUGUAUUUCAAAAAUAGCAUUCUGUGAUCAAUGAUGCCUUGGCAACUCCAGACCUUAGUGAUAUAGUAGCCUAAAGGCUGGCUUUUCUUUUGGAGUCAAACGAAUUAAAAGAAAAAAGAAGAAAACGGCCGAUUUUAGGUAAUAUUUAGACAAAGCAAAAAACUAUAAAUUUUAAAAUAACCAUAAUAUGUCUUGUUUCCUUUUCAUAAAGGUUGAUCCUAUUACAAUAUUUUUGUAUGA